AAACGAAAAUCAAGAAAGAAAUGGCUACGGCAUCGGCUAGCGCUGAUCCCGAAAAAAAAGUUUUCGCCUUGGUUGAUUAAUGUGGUGUGGUCUGGUUAAAAAAAAAUAACGAUUUGCACAAGAUCUUGUUGCUUAGAGGUCUUUAUUAACCAUGCAUCGCUAAGCGGGAAACCUAGCGGCACUCAAUGGCUCGUGCGGAAAGGGUGCCCAAUGAAAUGUUCAAGUCCAUGGAGACAUUUAACAUCGGCAGCAUCAUACUUCAAGUGGACUGGACAGAACCCUGGCUCGUAGGCCUCAUCACGUUCCACAUCUUGGCCCUGUGCCUCACUCUCCUCACACGGGAUCGGGGAAAUGUUCAAGCAGCCCUCUUCCUCACUGCCUUGUUGCUCGUGUACUUCUCUGAGGCCCUCAAUGAGCUCGCAGCGAAGCACUGGCGUUCCUUCUCCAGCCAGCAGUACUUUGACAGCCAAGGGAUGUUUAUCUCCCUCGUUUUCUCGACUCCGCUCCUCCUUAAUUGUAUAAUCAUGGUGGGUCAAUGGAUGUGGACGUCGGCCACGAUGAUGACACGCCUGAAACAGGCACAACUCCGUCGUGAGCUUCGUAAACAACGUUCAGGCAACAAUUCAGAGAGACCCUCAUUGCGAGAAAAAGAGGACUGAACGCGGGCGUUUCUCGAAAAGGGGCAAAACAACACAAAGUGAAACAUCGUGUUUUUUUUUUUUUCUGUUCUGUUCAAAACUGUUUGGAAAUAUGGCACUGCAAAGUGAUCGUACCCAACUUGGAGGUACCCUGUCCAACUCCAAUGUAAAUGUGAUACCGGUGUACAUGUACAUACAUAUAUAGUACUAUAUAUAUAUAUAUUCGCACACACAUACAUUGUCAGUACUUUAAGCCUUCCUAGUGCGUGAGGCACCGUACCUUCUGCGUGUUAGGGCCAGUGUCAAAGGCCAUAUGUAGUGGCUGUGAUAUUUCAAGCUUCUUGAAGUACUUGAAUUUAAUAGUCCUCUAUUGUCAGAUUUUAGGUAUAUAUAUUUAUGAGUAGGGUUUUUUAGGGAAUCGGCGGAGUCGGAGUAUUGCUGGGUAUGCUGCUGGGUAUGAUAAAGCAAUGUGUACGCCGUUGUGAAGGGUAAAGUGCAGGGUACUGUACGUUAACGAGUAUUAUUUUCAAGGUGACUCAGUCCCAUAACUUGUAUCCAGCAACGAUGCUCCUCCAGCAAGAAACAACAAGGGGGGAGGGAGGGGGAGGAGCCAGGGGCAGGUACUUCUGCAAAAGAGGGUAUGUCAUGGGUAAGGGCAAGUUCAAGCAAAAGUCUUUCCGGUUCUGUACUUUGUGGAACGUACGGUACUUCACAGUUGCUCUACAUGCGCAUGGGAGGAUGUAGUCCCACCUGGUAUUGACUGAAUUGCCAACCAGGUGUCUUACAAUGCUCCAAGUGAAUGAUGCAAGUGUCAUUGCAUGAACUGUGGUUGGGUGACGUGCAGGUAUCCACUGAAUUAUUUCAGGGGUGCAGGAAAUUGCAAGAUGUAGUAGACUCAGGUAGGUGUUUGUCUAUUCUGCUGGCAAAGCCGACGCAAUGAAUUUAGUAAGCGGGCACGUGUUUCUUGUCGAGCUGUUGUCCAUCAUUUGGGAUGGUUUGCAGACAAAAUACAGAGUACACUUCUUCAGCAAGUCUGCUUUCUAUCAUUCUGCACAGGCCAUAUGAAAAACAGCUGCUGAACAGACACCUCUACUCUGCUUCCAGGUUACACACACACACACACAAAAUCAAAUGUGCCUAUGACAGGCACCAAAACUAAGCCGUCAUAAAUAUGUAACAUUUCCACGAUGUCUAAGGUAUAUUUCCCUUGUUUUUCUUCCCUGCCGAGUGUAUCCUAGAUAUGCGCUGAAAGGAGGCAGCAGGGGGAUUUAUCAUGUUGCUACUUUUUUUUUUCUUGCUGAAAUUUGUCUGUAGCCUGAACAAUCAUAUUACUGGAAAUUUGACAAUCUAGACACUACUUUUAUUACAUGUGUACAAGUCUGAAUUCCAGCAGUGCAUAUCAGUACAAGAUGUAGAGAGAGAUAGAAAGAGAGGGGGAAAAGCCCAGCAUCACAGGGGGAAAAAAAAAAGUCACAAAGCACACAUACAAUCACAUCUUUGAAUACAUAGUCCUCUUCAAGAUGUCCUUUCACUAUACAUAUUUUUCUGGGCAAGGAACAGUAUGGGGAAAAUAUAGGAAUUUGCACUAGAAGGAACAGUGUAUGCUUCUCUUGAUGACUACAUUCAUAUUACAUGCAAAGCAAUACAAGGUAACACUGGCCUGGAGUGUAUGUAGUUUACCCAUACUAUCAGUGCACUGGCAGCACUAAUUACAAAGGGGCAUUGUAAUUGAGUGAUCUGCAUCUUCCUCAGAAUGCAUUAUUAAAGAUAUAUCACCUGGCUCCUCA